AUGGCGUCCCCACCGUACAUCUUCUUCCAUAAUAGAAACGGCGGUUAUUGGUGGCACGAAAAAACAGAUCCAAUCCUACAGAACUGUCGAACAAUCAACGAAGAAGCUGCACAGUCCCUCCUAAGCUCACUUACUGUGAACGUAUCUCAACCGUGCUCUCUCCUUCGUUGGCUAAACAAGAACCAUCCCGCCUAUAUCACAGACCUCGUCGUCUUCGUUGACGCGUGUUGCGACAGUCCUCCUGCAAUGCACUGGAGCCAACUUUUUGAGAAACUCGGCCGUGAAGCCACAAAUUUGCAACAUCUGACCAUUUAUUGGGACUCGGAGAACUUUGUCCAUAGAGGUUUGGGGAAGGACCUCUGCUUUGUCCGAGCACUGACGCAACUAAAAGUGAAGAAGACAAUAACAAUUGAAGGUUUCUAUGCGCUGUGA